AUGGUGGACUACGCCAUUCGCUACCCAGAAGCUGUCCCCCUUCGCAAGGCCACGUUAAAAGCCAUUGCCCAGGAGCUCUUCCUCCUUUUGGAAGCAAAAGCUGAAGUGAAGGUGACUCCAGAUGAGCGUGUGUUCAGUGGAGAGACAGUCACUCUCACAUGUGACAUACAGGGAGCAGGAAAUGACACGCAGUGGACAUACAGCUGGUUCAAAGAUGGUUCAAUCAUCCCGAACAGUACUGAGAGAGUCUACAACAUCACAUUUAAUGUGUCUGAUAGUGGUCAGUACAGCUGUGAAGCAAAGAGAUCACACAUCAGUGUUGCUGUUACACUGACUGUAUCAGAUUUCCCCAGAUCUUCUCUGACUGUGACUCCAGAAAGUCCUGUAUUCACUGGAGAGACAGUCACUCUGACCUGUGUGAUUGAGUCCUACAAUUUCCCCAGAUCUACACUGACUGUGACUCCAGACAGUCCUGUAUUCACUGGAGAGACAUUCAAUCUGACCUGUGUGAUUGAGACUCACAGUGAGUGGAAAUGGAGAAAUGGCCUGAAAUAUGAUAGGAAAUAUGACUGGACAUAUGACUGGAGAUAUGAGUGGUAUAAAGACACAUACAGCAGAGUAAUGCUAAACACGUCUGAUCGUUACACUGUAAACAGAGACACUCUCACUAUCAGAGGAGCGAAUGAGUCUGAUCAGGGUCAGUACUGGUGUAGAGGACAGAGAGAUGAGAGACCAACAUCAUCACAUCUAAGCUCUGCUGUUAAUCUCACUGUGAUAGAUUUACACAGAACUGUGCUAACCAUGAUGCCAGACAAUCCUGUGUUCACUGGAGAGACAGUCAAUCUGACGUGUGGGAUAAAGUCUAAUCACAGUAACUGGACAGAGUGGACAAAUAACUUGAGAUAUGAGUGGUAUAAAGACACAGACAGAGUAAAGUUAAACACAUCUGAUCGUUACACUGUAAACAGAGACACUCUCACUAUCAGAGGAGUGAAUGAGUCUGAUCAGGAUUGGUACUGGUGUAGAGGACAGAGAGAUGGAGAACCAUCAAGACCACCGAAUACAUCUGUUUAUCUCUAUGUGAUGGCGAGACCAAAAGCUGUAUUGAAGGUGACUCCAGAUGAGCGUGUGUUCAGCGGAGAGACAGUCACUCUCACAUGUGACAUACAGGGAGCAGGACACAUUCAGUGGACAUACAGCUGGUUUAGAAAUGGUUCAUUCAUCAGAGACGUCACUGAGAGACUCUACAGCAUCACAUCUGUGUCUGAUAGAGCUGAAUACAGCUGUAGAGGAGAGAGAUCAGACUCACAGAGAUCAUCAGACAUCAGUUCUGCUGUUACACUGACUGUAUCAGAUCUGAAGCCAAAGCCUGAACUCACAUCAGAUCCUGAAGGAGCUGCACUGACAGGAAACACAGUGACUUUGAUCUGUCACAUGAAUCCAGCCACUGGAUGGGACUUUUACUGGUACAAACACACACUAAACUCUGAGACAAAGACACAAACAAACUCCUACAGAGUGACGAUUGAUUCAGUGUCUGAUGGAGGUCAGUACUGGUGUAGAGCUGGAAGAGGAAAACCAGUCUACUACACACAAUACAGUGAUGCACUGUGGAUAAAUGUUACAGUGAGUCCUAAAGCUGUGGUGACGGUUCGACCUGAUGAACAAGUGUUCAGAGGAGAAACAGUCACUCUUAGAUGUGAUAUAAAGUGGAGUGGAAACACUGAGUGGACGUACAGAUGGGAAACAGAGGGAACAGACUACCAAAAUAACUCAAUCUCAACACAAGAGCUGAACAUCAGCAGUGUUAAAGACUCUCACAGCGGUAAAUACAGCUGUAGAGGAGAGAUGGGAACACAACGCUCUCAGCGCAGUGAUGCUGUUACUCUGACUGUAUCAGCUGGAGCUCAGGCAGCAGUGCGAGUGUCUCCACAGCCGUGGCUGACUGAAGGAGACUCAGUGACUCUGAUCUGUGAGGUUACAGGCUCCUCUACAGGCUGGACGUUCAGCUGGUUCAGAGAUGAUGAUCGUCUGUCAGACAGCAGCAGAGGAGCUGGAGGCUCUUACACUCUCAGUCCUGCUGCUCUACAGCACACAGGAGUUUAUACGUGCAGAGCAGAGAGAGGACGACCGGCCUAUUACACAAAGACCAGUAACACAGAGAGACUGUGGAUCACUGGUGAUUCUCCUUCAGUGCAUCUGGUGGUCAGUCCCAGCAGAAGUCAACACUUCUCGUCUGACUCUCUCUCUCUGAGCUGUGAGGAUCAGUGGACAGUGAGAAGAUACACAGGCAGAAACACAGAAGAUUGUUCAAAACAAACAGGAUCUACAUGUCGACUCGUCUCUCUCAGCACAUCUGACUCUGGAGUUUACUGGUGUCAGUCUGAAUCUGGAGAGAAACGUCAUCCUCUCAACAUCACUGUACAUGAUGGUGAUGUGAUUCUGGAGAGUUCUGUUGAUCCUGUGAUUGAGGGAGAUACUCUGACUCUACACUGUUUACAUCGAUCUACAAACCCCUCGAUCCUCAGAGCUUUUUUCUAUAAAGAUGGAUUCCUUGUCCAGAGUCAGACGACAGGAGAGAUUAGCAUCACGACUGUCUCAGAGUCAGAUGAGGGUUUCUACUACUGUAAAACAGAGAGAGGAGAGUCACUCCGCAGCUGGAUCUCAGUCAGAGAAGGUCAGACUUCUGUCUUCAGCAUCCUCAGUUUUCUUCUGGCAGCUUGUCCGUAUCUGCUGUCGACAGUCGUGCUGCUGUUCAAAUGUUACAGAGCGAGAGUUCCAUCUGCUGAAGACCAAAGCCAGUACGAAGUGAAAGAAGAAACUUCAACCUGAUAUAUUAACACGUUUUUUAACAUUUGCGUCAGCAUAUUUGAUUUACCUUAC